AUGUUUAAAAAAGCAGCAAAAGAUAUAGUCGUUUUGUCUGCGUUGAGGACUGCAGUGACCAAGUCCGUCAAAGGUGGAUUAGCUCAGCUUUAUCCGGAGGAGUUGUUAUAUCAAGUUUUGCGAGGCUCAAUUUCCAAGUCCAAUGUGGACCCAAACUUGGUUGAUGACGUUCUCGUCGGUACAGUUUUGCAAACUCUAGGCGGGCAAAAAGCUUCAUCCUUAGCCGUGAAGAAAGCUGGAUUUCCAAUCAAAACAACAGUCAACACAAUUAACCGCCAAUGCGCAUCUUCUGCUCAGGCUAUAACCUACAGUGCUGGAUCCAUUUUGAGCGGUGAGAACAAGUUUACUAUUGCAGCAGGUGUGGAAUCCAUGACGCAUGAUUAUUUCCCGCAUCGUGGUAUUCCUCAAAGAAUCUACCAACCAUUUUUUGAGGAUGCCAGUGAGGAGGCCAAAAACGUGUUGACCCCAAUGGGCAUUACAAGCGAGCUGGUUGCCGAAAAGUUUGGAAUCGGAAGGCAAUCACAAGAUGAGUUUGCCGUGCAAUCGCAUUUGAAAGCAGCAAAGGCAACUGAAUCUGGACACUUUGCAAAAGAAAUUAUACCAAUUGAAGCACGUAACGAGGCAGGUGAAGCGAAACUUGUCGAAAAAGACGAUGGAAUAAGACCUGGAUCGACAUAUGAAAAAUUGCUGACUUUGAAACCCGUCUUCAAGGAGAAUGGAGUUACCACUGCAGGUAAUUCUUCUCAAAUAUCAGAUGGUGCUUCAGCUGUAAUCUUGACAACUCGUGAGAAUGCCGAAAAACACGGAUACAAGCCAAUAGCACGAUUUGUAGGUUCCAGUGUUGCUGGUGUUCCUUCCGGAUUGAUGGGAAUUGGUCCCUCAGAAGGUAUACCGCUAUUGUUGGAGAGAUUCGGCUUGACUAAUAUGGACAUUGGCAUUUUCGAAUUGAACGAAGCGUUUGCUUCACAGCUGAUUUAUUGCAUUGAGAAGUUGGGAUUAGAUUAUGACAAAGUAAAUCCUUACGGUGGCGCAAUAGCCAUUGGUCAUCCCUUGGGAGCUACAGGGGGUAGAGUUGUUUCAACUCUAUUGAAUGGAUUGAAAGCUCAAAAUAAAGAACUCGGUGUUGUGUCAAUGUGCACCUCUACAGGCCAAGGCUACGCAGGAUUGUUCAUCAAUGAAGAUUAA